AUGGUUCUAGGGGGGGGGGAAAAGGUCUACGCCGAGGCCAAGAAGGACUUUGUCGACUUCCUCUUCGGCCUCUUAGAGCUUCCAAUCGGCACCGUCUUGUCCCUCCUCGUCAACCGGGGCAAGUCCGGACCCGGGUCCUUGGCCAAAAUCCACGCCAGUGUCAAAACACUGGACGGUGACUAUCUCCAAUCGGAUCGAACCCGUGACUCCCUAUUGAGCCCCACGAUCGUUGAUGAUCCAAACAAGUCUAACAAGGCUAAUCCCACUCCUCUCCUGAAGCAAUUGGCAUACCCACAGCAGAAUUAUCUCUAUUCUUCCUACAGUUAUUCAUCUUCUUCGAGGAAGGACGUGGUGGAAGGGCAUGUCAAGGGAGUGGUGACUUACAUGGUUAUGGAUGAUCUAACGGUGAAAACCAUGUCCACCAUUUCCAGUAUUUCGAUUCUUAAUAAUAUGCGGGUCAAGGAUUUUGGGUCUUUGGUUGAGAAGAGUGUGGUGGUUGACAUGAACAAGGGUUUGGAGCUGUUGAAGGUCUCCUUUGAGUCUACCACAGUCCUCUCAGAUGUGUUCCUCCCAGCAGUGCAGUUUCCUUCUACUUCUGGCAAAAGGGGAAGGAAGAGGUCCCGUCCACUAUUUAUUCGAUCAAGUUCAAGGCAGGCAUAAAAAGAGCAGGGCCAUGUGAGUACCGACUUUUCUUCCUCUGUUUCUCCCGGGCUUUUUGUUAGGAGAACACUUGUUAAGUCGUUAUCUGUUUCCUAUUAAGUUUGCCAUCCAAUAGGUCGACCCCUCCAUUCCUUUUAUGAUUUUAUCCAUUGUUGUGUUGUGUGUUUGGCAUCAAAUUAUUGAAAGCAUCUCCAUCAUUCCAAGCAGAAAUUUCAUCUGUAGCAGUGUGGCUGUGGAGUUUGCAAAAUUACGAGGUUAUGUUUUGGUUCGAAAUGGAAGGAUCACCAGAGGUCCAGAGUCACGUCAUUCAAAAUGCGUAGUUUGUGAAAAUAGUCUUUUUGCAUAGCAUGACCCAAAUCACAUGUUUGUGUGUAGGAAAAGUGGUGGUACCUUUGUAUGUGUUUGGUCUUUGCCAAUGUUUUACUCUCUCUUUUUGUGAACAGAUUUGUCAAUGAUUUAUGAAUAGACCUGGUAUUUGAUCUAAACUUCAACUUCACUUUGUACUUUGGUAAUGAAAAUACUUCUUGGAGUUAUCCUAACCAUACCGGUCCAAACCGAGUUUUAAGUGCCAAUCAAUUGGGAUUUUUGGGUUUAUUUUCCUAACCUUAAAAAUAUUCUCCGAGGAUUUUCUUGCCUUGAUGCAUAGCCUGUUGUGUCAAUUGAGGAAGCAUUUCUUGUUAAUUACCUUGUAUAUAGUCUCCUUACCAUUACUCUUUCCUUUUAUGUGAGUGUGUCAUUA